AUGACAGCUGAUCCAACAGAAAAUCAAGUCUAUUCUGAGGUCAAGACGGGGAAGACCACAGCAGCAACUGAACCUGUUGAUGUGACCUAUGCUGAUGUUGACCUUAAACAGAAGUCCAAAGCCAAGAAGAAGAAAGAAACAUCAACCCCACCUGAGGCAGAUUCAGUCUAUUCUCAAUUGAAGCCAGGCACAGCCCCAGCUCUUCCUGAAACUACACUGACCAUAACACCAAACCCUGCAUACACUGGAGAGACAGUAACUCUGACAUGUUCAGUGGGGUCUGACAGUGGCUGGAGCUAUAAAUGGUACAAAGACAAAAAAAAGAAAGUAGUGACCUUGUCUGGCAGACACACUACAACAGGAGUCACCUUCACCAUCAGUAGAGCUGCUGAGUUUGACCAGGGUCUCUACUGGUGUCAGGGAGAGAUCCAGUCCAGAUCCAUAUCAUCAAUCAUCAGUGAUCCUGUCACUAUCACUGUGAAAGCUCUGCCCACGGCCUCAGUGAAAGCCUCUCCACGGGGUCCCCUCUAUUCUGGAGAGACAGUAACUCUGACGUGUUCAAUGGGGUCUGACAGUGGCUGGAGGUAUACAUGGUACAAAGACAAAAAAAAGAAAGUAGUGACCUUGUCUAGCAGACACACUACAAAAGGAGCCACCUUCACCAUCAGUAGAGCUGCUGAGUCUGACCAGGGUCUCUACUGGUGUCAGGGAGAGAUCCAGUCCAGAUCCAUAUCAUCAAUCAUCAGUGAUCCUGUCACUAUCACUGUGAAAGAGAGACCUGUGGCUGUUCUGACCCUCCAACCCAACUGGCCCCAGAUAUUCAGUGGGGAGACUCUCAAUCUCAGAUGUAACAUUCAAGGGGGAGAAGAGAUUGAGUAUGCGUUUUAUAACAGUGGGAAGUCGGUCUACACGAAUACAGAGCCUGAGUACAGAAUCAGUCCUGCAAAGAAUGGUCUAUAUACCUGUAAAGGUCUUCAGAAAACAAAUGGGUUAAAACACUCCCAGACAAGUAAUGCUAUACAAUUGACCGUGUUAGAUAAACCCCAAGCUGUCCUGAGUGUCUCUCCUCAGUGGCUGAACCCUGGAGACUCAGUUACUCUGAGCUGUGGGGUUAAAGAGUCAUCUACAGGCUGGAGGUUCUUCUGGUACCGAACUGUUCCCUACACAGCUGGGUUACUGUCCCUAUCGGACACGUCCUACUCUGUAGAGCCUCUAUCUGGCAAUGGGACUAGUGAAGACUCCUACACUCUGAUCCCUGCUGGUCCUAGUCACACAGGAGGAUAUGUGUGUAGAGCUGGGAGAGGAGACCCAGUCUAUGACACACUCUACAGUGAACCUCAGUUUCUCUGGUCAGGAGAUCCGCAACCAUCAGUGUCUCUCAAAAUAAGACCUAACAGAACUCAACACUUUACAUCAACGUCUCUCUCACUAAGCUGUGAGGAGAAGAGGAACUCUACUGGAUGGAGACUGAAGAGAUACAGAGAGAAAGCAGUGGAAUCAGAGUGUGUCUCUAACUGGGGAUCAAGAGCAGGGUCCUCAUGUACCAUCAGGUCCACACGUAAAAAGGACAGUGGAGUGUACUGGUGUGAGUCUGGAUCAGGAGAGUACAGUAAUGCUGUCAACAUCACAGUGGAUGUUGGCCCUCUGAUCUUGGAGAGCCCUGCCUAUCCCAUGACUGAGGGAGACACUGUGACUCUACGCUGUACAAAUAGAUAUCAGGAAACAAACCCAAUAACGAAGGUUGAUUUCUACAAAGAUGGAAUAUUCAUCAGGAAUGAGACCACAGGAGAGAUGACCAUCCCUGCAGUUUCCAAGUCAGAUGAAGGCUUCUAUAAGUGUAAAUCUAAUGAAGGAGAAUCACCAGAGAGCUGGGUGACAGUGAGAGGUGUAACUCCUGGACCCUCUACAUCAGUCCUAGUAGGAGUGGUUGUGGGCCUGGUUGUUGCUGGUGUUCUACUGGCCAUUCUCCUGGUACUGCUGUGUCGAUAUAAAAAAGCCGGAGGCCCCCCCAGCCCCAAAGCACCAACCUGGACCCCCAACAGGACCAAGGAUCUAUCCAGGGCCGGGCUCCUGAUGCUGGGUGGCGCUAACAUCUAUGAUACAAUCACACCCUCAGACAGUCAUGACAAUGAUGCUGGUGCUGCUACUGCUGGACCAAGUGAUGUGAUGUACGCCCAGAUUCAACUCAAAGAGUUGGACAAGAAAAAGAAAAGUCAAGAUGGGGAAGACCAGAGGUGA